AUGAUUAUAUCAGGAUUCAUAUGUUUGGUGCAGUUAACGUACCUUUUAUGGUAUGCAUCAACCCUCGAAGCACGCUCACCAACUCGACCAAAUAUAAUUCUUAUCAUGACUGAUGAUCAGGAUAUCGAAUUAGGCUCCAUGCAGUUUAUGCCAAAAACAGUACAUCUAUUAAAAGAACGUGGGGUAACAUUUAACUCAGGCUUCGCUUCAACGCCGAUAUGCUGUCCAAGUCGAAGUUCGAUAUUGACUGGAAUGUAUGCGCACAAUCAUCAUGUACUUACCAAUAAUCACAACUGUUCAGGGAAUGAUUGGAGGAAUAAUUAUGAAAAAAACACAUUUGCUGUAUAUCUAAAAAAUGAAGCAGGUUAUACAACGGCGUAUUUUGGUAAAUAUUUAAAUGAGUAUACCGGCUCAUACAUUCCUCCUGGAUGGGACCAUUGGAUGGGAUUGCUCCGGAAUAGCCGAUUCUAUAAUUAUACGAUAAAUGUGAACGGUAAUAAGAUCAAACACGGCUGGGAUUAUGAAAAGGAUUAUUUUACUGAUUUAAUCGCUAACGAUACGAUAGCGUUUAUUCAGCAGUUGCAUAGAGAAGAUCCCUUCAAGCCAUAUAUGAUUGUAUUAUCAUUUCCAGCACCACAUGGUCCUGAAGAUCCAGCUCCACAGUAUUCUACGUGGUUUCAGGAUGUCGAAACACAUAGAACAGAAGCUUGGAAUUAUGCUCCAAAUCCUGACAAACAAUGGCUUUUGCAACAUACCGGACGUAUGGAACCAGUCCAUGUUAUAUUUACCGAUAUUUUACAUAGACGACGAUUGCAAACAUUACAAAGUGUGGAUAGUAAUAUUCAAAAACUAAUAAAUGAAUUACGCGAUUUGGGUGAUCUGUCGAAUACCGUUUUCAUCUACACAAGUGAUCAUGGAUAUCAUUUGGGACAGUUUGGCUUGGUGAAGGGUAAAAAUAUGCCCUAUGAAUUUGAUAUCCGUGUGCCAUAUUUUAUUCGUGGACCAGGAUUUCCAAAAAAUAUAACGAUCCGUGAACCUGUAAUGAAUGUUGAUAUAGCUCCGACAAUUUUGGACAUAGCUGGAAUAGCAGUACCACGUCAUAUGGAUGGAUGUUCAUUGGUACAACUUGUGCGACAAUACGAUAAACAAAAAAGAAAAACGAAAAAGGAAGCAAGAAAAACGAAGGAGUUCAAAUGGCGAGAUACAGUGCUGAUUGAAAGGGGAAAAAUGACGAAAUUAACUCGAAUACGUGAUCGAUUUAUGAAGCAGCGUGGUCAGUUGAAUAAAGAUGCUCGUGUACAAAAAGCUUGUACUCGAUCGGAAUUCAGGGAACCAUGCAGGAAAGGGCAGCAAUGGAAAUGCAUUCAUGAUUCUUACGGUAAAUGGAGAAUUUUCAAAUGUCAGGCAAGUGUAGAUAUCAUCAAGGAAUGUGAUUGUUCUGUGGAAGCUACACUGAAACAGCGCUAUCGACGAUCCAGGAGAAAGAACGAAAGGAUAAGCGUUCGAAGGACAGUAACUAUAGCUGAGUUGGACGAGGAAGGUGAAACAGUUUCUUUAGACGAAACUUUGCGAAGAUUUUGGGAGGAAGAAUUUUUGCAAUAUAUACAAGAGAAAGAAGUGAUGGAAAGUGGUGAAUGGUACCAAGGUGUUUUUGAAAACCGAAAUGAUGGUGAAAAUGAACCGAAUGAUAUACGUAUCAAGCGAUCGAUAAAAAUGGAAAAAGCAAGGAUUGGCUCUCUGUGUGUUCGUUACAAUACGAGUGUCAUUUGCAAGCCAAAAGUAUUUCGGGACUCCAAAUUAUGGACAAUCCACAAGGCAAAAGUGGAUGAUCGAAUUGAAAAUCUUAGGAGGAAAUUACUACUCUAUAAGGAUAUGCGGAGAGCAUUGAAACGAAGGCGACCAUUAGCAUCGAGCAAGUUUCCACCAUCAAGUGAUUUAAGUGGUUGCAUCUGCAGAGGGACACGUGCUCGUUUGCUAGGGAAUGAAAGUAGCCGCAGCGAUGUAUUAUGGUGGCGAAAAAGUGGGAAAAAUGUUCACCACAGUCUACAUGUUGGAGUUAAUUCAAAAAGCUUCAAGAAUGUGAAUAAUUACAGAAGCUCAAGUCAUGGUGAAAUGCAUGCGAAUUGUACAGUACCACAGAUGAACUGUUUCGUCCAUGGUGCAGAUCACUGGAGGACACCACCGUUUUGGCCGGAACGGUAUGGCCAGUUUUGCUUCUGUCAAAAUUCCAACAACAACACAUAUUGGUGCAUACGAACAGUUAACAGUACACACAACUUUCUAUACUGCGAGUUUAUCACCGAAUUUAUAAGCUUCUAUGAUCUUAAUGCUGAUCCAUAUCAGUUGCACAAUAUCAUAUGGAGCAUGCCAUUGGGAGUGUUGGAACAAUUAAGUAGGCAACUUGAACUUUUGCGGACAUGUCAAGGUCAUGCGCAAUGCGAACAUUAUUCCUCUCCAAUAUGGCAUCUUCCAUUUAUGGAAAGUGAUAAUAAUAGCUUUAAUUAG